CUUCCUGCUGAUAUAGAUCAUCUUUGGACUUCGCUGUACGAUGCGCGCAUGACUUCAGUAGCUCCUCACCGUUCACCUCUUUGACAUCACUCUUUUACUUUGCGCAGGGAAACACCAUACAGAUUCAUCGCAUACAGAUAUUACCCGACAUGGCGCUGGGCGGGAUAUCUGGCAUAGGCAACAGUGCCACACAUGUCCUCUUGUUCAUUACCGCCAUCAUCAUAAUUGGCCUGUCCGCAAGCCUCACGAACUCCUUUCAAUAUUACACGGACCUCUGCAACGCCAUAAACAUAGAAUACCCAAGCGAGAAUGCCGGUGACUGUGGAGUUAGUGGAUGGCUUCGGGGCAGUCGCUUUGGCAUCUUUGUCGGUGUAUGGGGUCUCUUAGCCGCAAUAUUGGCACUCGCGACGACGCUUGUUUCUACUGCCAUCAUCACGCUCGUCGCGAUCACCUUCGACGGCUUGGCCACGGUUUUCUACCUCGCUGGCGCGAUCAAUCUCACUGUUUUGUUCCGACGCGAUGGUGGCGAGAAUGGGUUCUGCUCUUAUGCUUAUGACGAUACCGAUGCGCUCGACACAUGCAGAACCCUCGAGUCUCGCGUCCGGGCUGAUUUGGCUUUCAUGUGGAUUGGAUUUGUUCUGAGCAUUGUUGGCUUGGUAGCCUUGUUGCUUAAUCGCCGCUCGAAGUAAGCGAGUAUGUCUCGUAAGGGAUGUGCGUGAAGAACAUUAGAGAUGAGAGGGUUUUGAACACCAUGUUCGUGCAGGUUUUGACAUCUUGUGCCUCUUACACCAUGUAGAGCAAUAUUGCAAUCCGCCGUUUUUAAAUAAAUUUCACUAAUUUGAGACGAU